AUGGUGCAAUAUUACGUGUGUCAUGUUGGCCAAAACGCAAAAUGCACAACCUCAGGUACCGAACGAUCGCAUUUGCCGACACUUACGCCUACGCUACCAAGAGAAUUGUCACCUCAACCGGGCGAGUGGGAGAAGUCUAUGGGCCGACAUGAACCAAUGGGUGAGCAUGAGCUGGAGGCAAAUGGGCAACGAAACAGACGCAUGAAUGAGCUGACUUGUGGCCCUCCGGUGGCGAGGGAGAAGGCCAGUUGUGUGUUGACGCACAGCCGAGAGAAAAGUAAAACGACCAGCUACGGCGCUUACAUGUAA